UUGAUUUGUAAUGGUUCCUUCCUAUUUUGAUUAAUAAAAUUGUUAUGAUUAUUUAACAUUCACAGUCUAAAUCUACAACUCCUUUUGUGGCAACAUAAUACUGGAUUCAUUGUUGAAGGAAGAGUUAGUUUCAAGUGGCCCAGGAAAAAGCUUUCAGGGAUGCUCAACUAACAGAAAAAGGAACAGUUUGUAGGAAAUAAGUAACCUCAAAAUGAAGGCAGUGUAUACUACUGCACUUAAGAAGCAUGAUUCCAGAACGCAGGCAAGAUAUAGGGAGAGUUUGGCUGAGUUGGAAGUGCUGUGUACGCAUCUCUACGUAGGGACCGAUCUCACUGAAAGGAUAGAGGCUGAGAAAGCACUCUUGGAACUGAUUGACAGCCCAGAAUGUCUCAGCAAAUGUCAACUUUUAUUAGAACAAGGAACAACAUCCUAUGCUCAGCUCCUUGCAGCAACAUGUCUUUCAAAACUUGUUACCCGAAUCAAUCCUUUACCUGUUGAACAGAGGAUAGACAUCAGAAACUACAUCCUGAAUUAUGUGGCAUCCCAACCUAAGCUGGCACCCUUUGUCAUCCAAGCUCUGAUUCAAGUCAUUGCUAAACUUACCAAGUUGGGGUGGUUUGAAGUUCAGAAGGACGAGUUUGUUUUCCGAGAAAUCCUUGCUGAUGUGAAGAAAUUCCUCCAGGGCACAGUGGAACACUGCAUAAUAGGAGUGAUAAUCCUUUCUGAGUUGACACAGGAAAUGAACCUGGUUGAUUAUUCCAGACCUUCAGCAAAACAUAGGAAAGUAGCUACCUCAUUCCGUGACACUUCUCUAAAAGACAUUCUAGUGUUAGCGUGUUCUCUCCUAAAACAGGUGUUGGCCAAACCUUUAAAUCUUCAGGAUCAAGAUCAACAAAGUCUAGUAACGCAAGUCUUAAAGCUGGUCCUCAGCUGCCUGAGCUUUGACUUCCUGGGCAGUUCAGCAGAUGAAUCUGCGGACGAUCUUUGCACGGUGCAGAUUCCAACAACCUGGAGAGCAAUUUUCCUGGAGCCAGAAACAUUGGAUCUUUUCUUCAAUUUGUAUCACUCGCUCCCACCACUGCUGUCUCAGUUAGCACUUUCAUGCUUAGUUCAGUUUGCAUCGACAAGAAGAUCCUUAUUUAGCAGUCCUGAGCGUGCCAAGUACCUUAGGAACUUAAUUAAAGGAGUAAAAAGGAUACUUGAAAACCCCCAGGGUUUGUCUGAUCCUGGUAAUUAUCAUGAAUUCUGUCGAUUUUUGGCUCGUUUAAAGACAAACUAUCAGCUGGGAGAAUUAGUUUUGGUGAAGGAGUAUGCGGAAGUUAUUGGAUUGAUUGCUAAUUUUACUAUCACUAGCCUUCAGCAUUGGGAGUUUGCCCCCAACAGUGUUCAUUACUUAUUAACUCUGUGGCAGAGGAUGGUAGCAUCCGUCCCUUUUGUGAAGUCAGCUGAACCUCACUUGUUAGACACUUACGCACCUGAAAUCACAAAGGCCUUUAUCACGUCCCGAUUGGAAUCUGUUGCCAUUGUUGUGAGAGAUAAUUUAGAAGACCCUCUGGAUGACACUGCUACCGUGUUCCAGCAGCUGGAGCAGCUGUGUACAGUCAGCAGAUGUGAAUAUGAAAAGACGUGUACUCUUCUUGUGCAGUUGUUUGACCAAAAUGCACAGAACUAUCAAAAGCUUCUGCAUUCUGCUUCGGGGCUACCUAUUGACAUGGCAAUUCAAGAAGGACGUCUUGCAUGGCUGAUCUACUUGGUUGGCACAGUUGUAGGAGGGAGACUCACAUAUACCAGCACAGAUGAGCAUGAUGCUAUGGAUGGAGAACUGUCCUGCCGUGUUUUUCAGCUUAUAUCUUUAAUGGAUACCAGAUUGCCUCGCCGCACCAAUGAAAAAAUAGAACUUGCAGUUCUCUGGUUCCUGGAUCAGUUUCGUAAAACUUAUGUUGGUGAUCAGCUUCAGAGAACCUCAAAGAUGCAGAUCCUAAUGUCACCUCAGUCCAGCCUGUUUGUCAAAUUAAGAAGGACAACAACAGCAACUACCACUCCAGCCAAGAAGGUUGUACGCCCGAAGAAUGAUGUUUCCAGAGUUCCAGAGAAGGCUUGGAAAAUAGUUAAGGUCUAUGCCCGUAUGUCAGAAGUCUUAGGAAUAACAGAUGACAACCAUGUUCUGGAAACAUUCAUGACGAAAAUUGUUACAAACCUUAAGUACUGGGGAAGGUGUGAGCCUGUAAUCUCAAGGACUCUCCAGUUCCUAAGCGACCUUUCCGUUGGCUAUAUCCUUUUAAAAAAACUUGUGAAAAUAGAUGCUGUGAAAUUCAUGCUGAAAAACCACACGAGUGACCACUUCCCGUUUCUUGGCAUCAGUGACACUUACAGUGUGGGUGACUUCAGAUGCCGGACAACCUUCUACACCGCCCUCACCCGCCUUCUCAUGGUGGAUCUGGGUGAAGAUGAGGAUGAAUUUGAGAAUUUUAUGCUGCCUCUCACAGUCUCUUUUGAAACAGUGUUACAAAUAUUCAACAAUAACUUUAAACAGGAAGAAGUAAAGCGUAUGUUGAUCGGGCUGGCAAGAGAUCUUCGAGGGAUUGCCUUUGCAUUGAACACAAAGACCAGCUACACCAUGCUGUUUGACUGGAUGUACCCAGCAUAUCUCCCAGUUCUUCAGAGAGCAAUUGAACGAUGGUAUGGAGAACCAGCAUGUACUACUCCUAUCUUAAAACUCUUGGCAGAACUGAUGCAAAACAGGUCUCAGCGUUUGAAUUUUGAUGUAUCCUCUCCUAAUGGAAUUCUUCUCUUCAGAGAAGCCAGCAAAAUGAUUUGCACCUAUGGAAAUCAGAUCCUGUCUCUUGGGAGUCUCUCCAAAGAUGAGAUUUAUCCAAUGAAACUCAAGGGCAUUUCCAUCUGUUACUCAGCUCUCAAGUCUGCAUUGUGUGGAAAUUAUGUCAGCUUUGGCGUCUUCAAGUUGUAUGGGGACAACCAUUUCGACAAUGUACUCCAGGCCUUUGUCAAAAUGCUGCUGUCGGUGUCCCACAGUGACUUGCUGCAAUAUCGGAAACUGAGCCAGUCUUAUUAUCCACUCCUGGAAUGUCUCACCCAGGACCACAUGAGUUUCAUCACCAACUUGGAGCCUCCUGUGCUCCUGUACGUUCUCACAUCUCUCUCAGAGGGACUCACCACUCUUGACACAGUGGUCUCCUCCAGCUGCUGUACAAGUUUAGACUACAUGGUCACCUAUCUCUUCAAGCAUAUAGCAAAAGAAGGGAAGAAGCCACUUCGAAGCAGAGAGGCUAUGCAGGCUGGUCAGAGACUGUUACAUUUUAUGCAACAAAACCCAGAUAUUCUGCAGCAGAUGAUGUCUGUCCUCAUGAACACCAUUGUCUUUGAAGAUUGUCGGAACCAGUGGUCAGUAUCCAGGCCUCUCCUGGGGCUCAUCCUACUCAAUGAGAAGUAUUUCAAUGAACUGAGGGCGAGUCUGAUAAACAGCCAGCCUCUCCCCAAGCAGGAAGUCCUUGCCCAGUGCUUCAGGAACUUGAUGGAAGGAGUAGAACAGAACCUGUCUGUCAAGAACAGAGACAGGUUUACACAGAACCUCUCCGUCUUCAGAAGAGAUGUGGCAGAAGCCCUGCGUAGCGAUGGCCACACUGACCUAUGCAACCUGGACAUGAUGAGCUGACCCAGCUCCUGAGCGUGGGCUGUGCAGCCUUUGUCAAGAGACUCUGGAAGGUCUGGGUUCCAGACCACGAUGCUGGCCAGCCCAGAAGAGUGUAUUUUUCAGAACAAGCAACUAAAGCCCUACAUUUUUAUAAGUCUGAGCUAAUUAUAAAAAUUUAUAAUAGUGCACAUACAAAUGUAAAUUCAGUAUUCAAAGCAACACACAUUUCCAGUCUGUCUGGGUUCCCACAAUGCUGAAAGGUCUAGAAACUAUAUUUAACCAAAGAACAUAGGAAACCAGGCUAGCACCUGCGACCAAGGCUGUGGGUUUGGUGAAGAUACAGCCCUCACUUCAGUGUGGGUACUGGAUGGAGACAAAUGCCAUCUGAACCUGUUGAAUUUAGUUUUUACAUCUGGAAAAUGCUAUAUUAGGGACUCGGGGCUGUGGGCAUUGACAAGGAGCCGGGAGGGAGGGCCAUAAAGCCUCCCCCAGAACUACACACCCGCCUUUCUGCCUCAGCAAUAUCUGAUAAAGUUCAGAGACAGUAACACAAUUAGAUGACUAACAAACAAUGUUUGCUUUCCACUGGCAUAAAUCUGAAGUGGUUCAGUCUAGAAGAAUUAGCUCUGCAAUUGCUGCCUGCAGAGAUGUACUUAGGACUCUGGAAGCCUGGUUAGAAGUUCUAGGUGCACAAGCUCCAUUUAACUUGAGGGAAAGCCAAAGGUGGCAAGUUGUCUUUGGAAACAGCUCUGCCUCCUUGGACCACCCAGAAGAGUUCAGCUGCUGCCUUCCACCUUCCACACAUUUAACCACUGUUGGAUGUGACUUCACCCAAACAUAGGAAAUGAAGGCCUUUAUAGUUUGUGACCCAUCAAACAUAAGCUAUUAAUUUGGAAUUGCCACUGUCAGGCAGGUUUCCUAUCUCACUGCACUGACUUUGAGUUCAGGCUUACAAUAAACACUGUGGCCGUAAUGUCUGAUCAAACAUGAAAGGCUGGCCUCACUGUUGCAGGGGAAAUCUACAGGCUCUUGUUGUAAUCUCAUUUCUCAGACUAGUGUUUCUUCAAACCUUUCUUGAUAGUUGAGUUUUGCAACAAGCUUGUCAUGUGAAAGCAAGUCACCUAAGUUCAUCUCUAAGUGUUUGUCUUCUGUGUGCAAAGAGAGUCAGGGGAAGCAGUGGUCUGGGUGAGACUGUAGUGCUUAGCAGGCAGGUAAGCCUGAACCUUACUCCUCCCACCCAUUAGGAAAUAGGACUCUCCUAUAGAAGACAAAUCCUGCACUUUGAAACGUCAGCUUUCAAGGAGCUUAACAAGAUUUUCUCUUUGGUUUUUGUUUAGUUUUUAACUUGUUUAAUUUUGGUUAUCUGAGCCUCCCUGUGUAGCCCAGGCUGGCCUGGACAUUUCCACAGCUGCCUCGGUGAAGGUUGACAGGCGUCGACCACAAUGCCUGGCUUCUGCGAUUGUGGGCAGGUUGGUUAUAGCUGCCUUUUUCCACAGAGCUACACAUGCUUCUCCCACUCCAGCACCGUUUCUCACAGUUGCCUCGAGUCUAAAGCACUAUAUUGUUUGCAUUAAAAUGUUCACAAGAAAAGA